AUGGAUCCCAUCUCUUGGUUUCUUGUCAUUUCAGAUUUCGACAAGUCAGCAAGCAGAAUGUCGAAUAGCGGAGUCUUUGGCCCGACUCCAGAAGGUGUCGACCUUUUGGAGACCCAAAACGCGGCUAUCUCAGGUGCAGUUAUCAGCCUUAUGGUCAUUGCCACGAUUUUUGUGCUUCUCCGUGUAAUAGCCAGGACCAUGCAGAAAGGCAUUACUUUGGCUGUUGAUGACUAUUGUAUUGCUGUCGGACUUCUGUUCGCCCAUGGAACAGCCAUAUGUUCCCUUGUCAGUCUUCCACAUGGAGGAGGAAAACAUUUAUGGGCGAUAGACGCUACACAAUUCACAGUGAUUUGGAAGAUCUUGUUCGCAUAUGUCAUGAUAUAUGCUCUUGCAGUCAGCUUCACCAAACUUUCAAUUGUCCUGUUCUAUCGUCGAAUUUUUGGAAUGAACUUGGGUCUUUGGCUCUGCACCUUCCUGGUCGUGGCAUACUGCGUGACUGUAAUAGUCACAAUCUUGGUAUCCUGUCAGCCACUUGAGUAUUUCUGGACUCAAUACACGACCCCAGGCGCCACAGGUCACUGCAUCAAUGUUUCGUUAUUCUUCUUUGCCAACGGCAUCUGGGCUAUGCUGGUUGACGUGUGCAUACUGGUUGUCCCAGUACCUGUGAUUUUGAAGCUGCAGAUGCCAAAGAGUCAAAAGAUGGCUGUGAUGCUUAUCCUACUACUCGGCAGUUUUGUAUGCAUCGCAUCCAUUAUUCGAAUCCUUACUAUCCAUGUCGUCAUAACAUCAGAUGAUCUUACUUGGGCCAUGGGCCAACUUUUCAUCUGGUCAUGCUGUGAGCCUUACAUAGGCAUAGUAUGUGCUUGCCUACCAACGCUCGCACCAUUUUUCCGCCGGUGGUGGGCAACACUCGUGACAAAGAGUAGCGGCUCAUCGAACAAGUUCCCUUCCGACGACAUAAGCCCUUCGGAUUACAAAGAAGCCAAAAGAAGAAAUGAUCUCGCAGAGAGCGUCAGUGGAGAUGGUAAGAGAGAUUGGAUUUUGUUUCAAGGUCCGAUCAAAGUCAGGGACGACGAUCAAAUAGAAUUGACGACGAAUGUGACUGGACCUGGAAGUAUGAAGAGAUACGAGAGCGAUGAUGCAUCAGACUUGAACACGACUCAUGAUAUACGUGUGCAGAAAGAUGUAACUUGGACGUCAGCGCAUCUUGAAGACGCUUAG